AUCGUCGAGUUGUGAUGGAGCAGUUCCCAAGAUCAGGAAAGAUUGUCGUGCCAUCGACUCGACUCAUCGCUGUACCUCUUCCCCAGCGAUGACGAUUGGAGUUGACAAUCUUGUUUGAUGUCAUCAAAUUUCAUCGUUUGAUGUCAUCGUUGACGACAACGCCAGGGAAGUGGGUGAGGGUUAGUCGGUGAGCGUAAGACAAUCCGAAUGGGCUGUCGGCCUGUCAUAGGCCUAACGAUGAGCUCGGCUUGCAGGUGGUGUAGAUUUGCCAUUGUGGGCAGCAUUUAGAAUACAGUUCCAUUCUUGACCAAGUUUGGGUCGUGUCUGGUAGUAUGAUCUGCCACUUGCCUAUUGCCGUCAUGUUCUUUGAUUUGCUGAGAAGUGGAAAUGUUCCAGUGUGUAGCUUGUGGGUGAGACUAGGCAACGAAGAUUUGCUGACUUACACUGAAGCAUAUUGGUAUGUGUUGCUUCUUGAUUUCUUCAGGUAGUUCAGUGUGUUGCCCUGCCACAAUGAGUAACAAAUACAACCUGAAGUGGAACUCCCACCACACCGAGGCGUUCGGGAACUUCGACCUGUUGCGCAAUCGGGAACUGCUGGUGGACGUCACGCUCUCCUGCGGCGGACAGACGUCGAAGGCUCACAAGUUGGUCCUCUGCACGGGAAGUGCUUUCUUCGAAAGGCUCUUGCAGCGUGAAACCGGCAGCUCGUCGAUAGUUCAUUUCCACGGCAUCGACAUGAUGCACCUCAGACUUCUGGUGGAUUUCAUGUAUCUGGGGGAAGUGGAUGUGCCCUCGAACGAACUGGAAGAAUUCAUCGCUUUGGCCGACAGUUUGGAGGUGAAGGGCCUCAAAGGAGACAGAUCCAAGAAAUACGAUUCGGGUGGCUCCGUCGGGAGCGUUCCUGCCUCCGGGAGGCCCGAGACGUCUCCGUCGUACGGGAAGCUGCCCGGUUUGACCUCGUUUCCAGGUGUCAGGCCCCUGGGUGCUGGUGCUUCAGUGAAACCUUGCCCAUCUGCUUCUAGUCACACUGCUCCAGUGAAACGCAGGCUACCGGUUGGUGUGGACAGUGGAGUAGGGUCGGUGCAAGGGACAAAGCCAUCGCUGUCAGUGGCACCUGGACCCGAGAAGAGGCCUCGAUCAGAAUUAGUCACUCCUGAUGUUACCAAUCAGGCAUUGAACAGUGACGACUCCCAGCCACCAGCCUGUGUGAAGUCAGAGGAGGACGACAUCGAGGAGAUAGAAGCAGUUCGUGAGGAUGACCAAUCUUACUGGACGGCGGAAGAAGGGAUGUCGACGACAGAAGGCGACAACAGUCAGAGCUCGUACCAGAUGGAGGGAGAGGAGUUUGAUCCAAGCGAAGUCCCACCCAACAUUCCUCCCGAGAUUGCACCCGAGGUGAGUAUG